AUGGCCUCGAGUACGAGAAAUUCGAUAGAUGAAAGCCCUGUCGAAGUCGAACUGCCUAUGACCUCGAGUCCACAAUCCCUUUCAAAAGCCGUCUAUGCGCGACGAGACGAAUACACUCGACCACAGAAAAUCAAAAUAAAGAUUGGUUGUUGGAAUGUUGCUGCUUGUCCUGGAACUGAAAAAGAUCUAGCAGGAUGGUUUGUACAAGGGAAAGGGAUCGACAAACGACUAGCUGGGCUUGAAUUAGCCAAUGCGAUUGAGAAGGACGACAGCCAAGCAAAUAUAGAAAGUGUCGAUGAACAAGAAUCAAGGCGAAAUAAGAAAGAAUCAACAAUCCCGCUUGGCGACGAGGGUGUAAUAGCUGGAGGAGAAGAUAUUGGAUUAUACGUAUUAGGAUUACAAGAAGUCGUCGAGCUCACGUCUGCGAGGGAAUAUAUUGGCAAAGUCUAUUCAAAUAAUGAUCCUGUAACAACAUGGAGGAAAGCACUUUCUGGUGCUUUACCUGAAGGCUACAAAUUAGUAGCUGAACAGCAGCUCUCUGGUCUACUCAUAUUCAUCUUCGCCUCCCCGACUGUUGCACCUACGAUAAGUUCUGUUAGUAGCGUCAGUGUUGGGACUGGAUUCAUGGGAUAUCUAGGAAACAAGGGCGCCGUCACUACGAGAAUAGUAAUUGGAGAAACAACUCGACUUGUAUUUGUCAAUUCACAUUUGGCUUCGGGAACGGAUAAGGCACAUUUGGAAAGACGGAUUUGGGAUGUCUCACAAAUAUUGCAAAGAACGCAUUUCGUCCCGAUAAGCCGAGGCGGAAUUCUAGAUGAUGCUCAGGAGAGCAUUGGGGACGAAGAUUUUGCUUUUUGGUUUGGAGAUCUAAAUUUCAGAUUGGAGGGGCUACCAGGAGAUGACAUUCGACGGUUAUUAAUGCUGCAUAGUAAAGGAGAAUACGAUGUUGGGACGCAAUCAAGAAGGAAGAUUGAUAAAGAAAUCGAUGCUCGUGAAGGACCGAUUGUUAUACGGUCCAUUGAUAGUGAUGACGAAUCCGAGGAAGAAGAGACACACAAAAGCAGUAGCAUAUUCGACCAGAAUGAUGAUUCUUCGACUGUUACCACGCUUCCGGAUCCAGAUGAUUUUAUACAAGAUCCCAGCCAAGAUCCCGGCUCGUUGCAAGCUACCAUUGACUCAAUAUUGCCACAUGACCAGUUGAGGCAUGUUCAGAGAGCUCGAAGGGCAUUCCACGAGGGCUGGAGAGAAGGACCGAUAACAUUCCUUCCAACGUACAAAUACGAUGUUGGGCGUAUGGGAGUUUUUGAUUCUAGCGAGAAGAAGAGGGCACCAAGUUGGUGUGAUAGGAUUUUAUUUCGAACACGGAGAGACAAGUUGGUAUUUGAUGCGAAGAUGAAUGAAGAGGCAUCAGCAAGGAUAAAAGACGAAGAAAUGAGAGCUCAAGGAUUGGACCAUGCCGCAGAUGAUGAAAAUGUUCUUUUUAGCUAUGACCCGGAUGAAGAUGGAGAGCAAUACAACACGCCUUCUAAGGGCGAUGAUUAUGACGAUUAUGAUGAAUACGACGAGACGGGGGACAAUGAAGCAGCACCAGUCAUAACUAGAGAUGGAUCCGUGGAUCGAAUAAAUCUAGAUGUCUACACAUCACACCAACGAGUCCUCUCAUCAGAUCACAAGCCACUCGAUGCUAUUUUCACUCUAGAAUAUGACGCAGUCGUACCGGAGUUGAAAUCCAAAGUACAACAAGAGGUUGCUAGAGAUCUCGAUCGAGCGGAGAACGAAGCCCGGCCUGGAAUCACCAUUGUUGUGGAUCAUUCACAGGAUACAGAAGAAAGACAAGGAAACGACAAGCCCCGACAAAAGUCCACUGAUGGAAAUGGAGUAGUUGAUUUUGGUGAUGUUGAAUUCGACCAUGGAGAGACUAGAACUCUAACGAUUGCAAACACUAGUCAAGUCACAUCCACAUUUGCAUUCGUAGAUAGGCCUGGUGUGGAAGGGCAAGAAGAUAGAAUCGCACCGCCGUGGCUCAGUGUAUGUUUUGCGGGAUUUGCGAUGGAUGAAGAUGAUCGAGCUCUCAAAGAGCUCAAGCGAGAAAUUACCCUAGAGCCUGGAGAUGCCAUUAACGCCACGUUAGAAGUGCUUGUGGACGACUUCUCUUCCGUAAAGUCACUGAACGAUGGACAUGUCCUGCUUGAAGACGUGUUGGUAUUACGAGUCACUGAUGGAAGAGAUCACUUCGUUCCGAUAAAAUGCAACUGGCUCCAGUCUUGUUUGGGGAGAUCUAUUGAUGAGCUCACUCAUAUACCGGAAGGGGGCGUGCGAGCUUUACUACCCCGCCCACGAGGCGAACCUGGGCCUCCUGUCAACAGAGGCCAAAAAGUAACUUGGUCCGCACCUCGAGAGCUACUUAAGCUCACACAAGUCGUGGACUCUCUCACUGAUCGUGUUGUUGCCGACUCAAAUAUGUUAGAAGGCGCAAUGAUCCCUAGAGAUUUUCCAGGUUGGCCAUUUGAUAAGAGUUCCUGGAGACUUAAAGACAGAUCUGCUAGGAUUACUUUGAAAGGUCGGGUAUUGGCAGCUCUGGAUUCCGAUCAAAGCAUAUUUGAUGUAUUUCCCGUUGAGGUUCCUGCCGCUUAUCGACUAGAAAUCGUCGCUGAAGUUCUCAUCCUAUUCUUGCGUAGUCUUACGGAUGGCAUCGUACCUACAAGUCUAUGCGAGCAAAUUGACGCAAAUACCACAUCGCGAGCAGGAAAUACUCAAUUCGAUAUUGAAGAAACAAAAGGGUGGGUCUUGGAUGUUUUAUCUUCUUUACCGCAUCACAACAUAUCCUUUGUAUUCCUCACGUCGACUCUCUCACGAGUUGCGGGAGAAUUGGCACCAAUUCCGAAGGUGAGACGUUCUCUUGAUACAUCAGUUCGCAUUGGUUUCGAUUCUGUCAAGAGAACUUUGAGUUGGAAGGGAAGAGCAGCGCCACCCCCGGAAGACCCAGCUGCGGUCAGGAGGAGGGAAGUCAAUAUGGCUUUUGCGGAAGCAUUUGUGGGUGUGGUUUUCAGAGGGGUUGUACCGGUCAAGGAAAGGGACAAGAAGAUCUUGGAAGAAAGGAGGAGAGACAUUUUGGAAGCUUUCUUGAAAGGAUUUGUUCCUUGA